AUGAAAUCGUGACAUCAUCAUAAUCAUACAUAAACUGAAGAGGGGAGAAGGGAUGGAUAGAGGAAAGUGAUAUUUAAUAAUUACAAAGUCAUUUUUAAAUAGUUCAAAUUUCAAUUAUUAGGUCACAGCUAAACAAUUAUGACAAAUAAAAUUAAAUCUGAACCGUCUAUUGCCUAUAGCGAAUCAGCUAUUCGAAAUAAUUUAUCAAUAGUAGAAUAUUGCAGAACUUCUGUAGCUGCUGUAUCUGGUUGCACUGCUGGUGUUUUGGGUCUUACCAGUCUCUAUGGAGCACUGUUCUUUAUUUUUGCAGUGACAAGUUUUUGGUUCAUGUUACUAUGCAAAGCUGGUAUUGAUACUUGGAGGAAGUUUUUCAUUUCUAGAAAGUCCUUACUUUUGAACGGAAUAUUCGGUCACUUCUUCACUUAUAUUUUAUGCUGGACAUUCAUUUAUGGGAUGGUUCAUGUGUAUUAGAAUCAGGGCAUUAAAUAAACCAUAAGUAAUUUUAGGUUAGUUUUUUUAUAAUAGAAAUAAAAAUGGCUACAGAUGAAAGGAAUUUCCGAUCUGCUUAUUAUGAAAAAGUCGGAUUCAGAAGUGUUGAGGAGAAAAAGUCCCUUGAAAUUCUACUGAAAGAAAAACCUCUAGACCGUGGCAAGCUGAAACAGUUCUGUUUGAGGUUCUCUUUACCGGCCACAUAUAGAAGCUUGGUGUGGAAAUUACUUUUAGGUGUUGUUCCUGUUCAUAUAGACUGUCACACUUUUAUAAUGGAUCAAAGAAAACAAGAAUAUCAAGAUUUGUACAGAGCUCUAAAUGUAAUGAGAAUCAUUGACGCAAACACGCCGAAGCCGCAAAUAUUUUUUGCUAUGUGGAUGUUACAAGGAGGAAACUUCUCCCUCGACAAGAGUUUAGUUAGUGAAAAGGGUUUCAUUCCUAUCGCGCAAUCAUUCAUGCAAUUUGUGGAUGAUGAUAGCGACGUUUACUGGCUAUCAAAAAACUUUUACGAUAAUGUUUGCAAGUUUGAAUCUGAAAUACCCAAACUCAUAGAGAGAUCUUAUAGUUUAUUAGAGAAGGAAGAUUCGACUUAUUACAAACAUCUGCUGAAAGAGGGUAUUUUAGACAAUUUACCCCUGGCAAAGUGGUUUGACUGUUGUUUUGCUGGUAUUUUGAAUGAUAACGCCCUAGCAAAAAUUUGGGACAAAUUAUGCGGAGGAUCUUACAAAAUACUGGUGUAUGUGGUUGUAACGUUACUGAUCAAUAUGAAACUUCGAAUUUUAAAGUGCAACAAUUUUGCUGGUGUUUUACAGUAUAUCAAAAAUAUUCCAGAAGAAACUGCAGAUAUUAUCGUAAAUAAAUCCAUUGAAAUGUGGCAACAACAUGGAAGUCUGUUAACCAUUUAUGAUAAACCAAAACCAUAAAUCGCAUUCCUAAAAAUAAAUUACAUUUUCAAUUCAUAUUGUGGCAUAUUUCAUUCUUAAUGAUGUUUAUUAAAAGAAUAAGAAAAAUACAAGUUAAAAUUUU